AUGCUGUUGUAAUCAGAGGCAACUGCAGAAAAGGACUGAUUUGCGAAAGACAGUGAAACAAUAUCUGCUUUACAGUGAAAAUACACCAUUUUACCAACGGCAAAACAGAAAGCACGUUUGAUUCAAUAUGGAGGGCCAAACCGAACAUUCUCAAGAAGCAACAACUGUACGUUAUAUAAACGAAAGUACACUUAACCUUUCAAAAACAGGUGAAAACUUGUGCAACAGUCUUAAAUGCUACACGGUCCUGACUCAACUAGAGAAGAAUGCUAUUGGCUCAAUCUGCUUCCUAGCCGGCCCUGUGACGUUCCUUGAGAAUGUUCUGGUCCUGGGAGUCAUAGCCAGCUCUGCCACUCUGCGAAGUCGCCCAACAUACCUCUUCAUCACCAGCUUGGCACUGGCUGACACCUUUGCCAGCUGUUUCUUCACCGUCAGUUUUUUAGAUUUCCAUCUGUAUAGUCGUGACGAUGGCCCUGAUAUGUAUCUGUUCAAGCUGGGCGGUGUCACAAUGGCUUUCACAGGCUCGUUGGGAAGUCUGUUGCUGACAGCGCUAGAUCGCUAUCUCUGCAUCUACCAGGCCACCAAUUACAAGGUGCUACUCACACGCGCCAGGGCCAUUCUGGCUAUUUUGUUGUUGUGGUGUGUGACAGUUCUCAUUUCCUUCCUGCCUCUGAUGGGUUGGAGAUGUACAACCCAGUUGGAUCCUCCUUGCUCUCGUCUUUUCCCUUAUGUGGAUCAUCACUACCUGGCCUGCUGGACGGGCCUGCAACUUGUGGCACUCUUUCUCAUCAUGGUGGCAUACAUCCUCAUACUGUGGAAAGCAAAUCGGCAUGAAGCGGCAAUGGAUGGAUCACAGAUAGGGAGACAAACUCUCAGAGGACAAGCUAGAAUGCGCAUGGACAUCCAGCUUGCACAGACCUUUAGUCUGAUCCUCUUAAUCCUUGCAGUGUGUUGGCUGCCAGUCCUUUCCGUUAUGAUGGUGGAUGCCUCUGUGACCAUUUCGAACAAACAACAGCGAAUGUUUGCUUUCUGUAGCACACUCUGCCUAGUGAACUCAUGCGUAAACCCGGUCCUGUACGCUCUGCGAUGCCGUGACCUUCGGGGAGAGCUAUUGGCAUUGCUGGGAUUCUGCAAGGCAUGGAGGGAACGUACAUCGGAAAGCAGUCAUCGAGGUGAAGAAAAUGAUCUUGGGGCUGCCAGAAAGAACACUGACCAGGCCCUCGAACAAAGUAACCGAGAUACUAUUUCUGAGAGUGUAGAUAGGCAGGAAAACAGCAUUCAGAUAUAAUACAUGUGAUGGUCUGAGUAUUUUGUUAAAAAAUGUGAUAACAUUUUCACUCGACCACAGCGUUUAUCUUAAACAUAUAACAAUAAGGUAAGCAAUAUGAAGAACUACUGUCAGUUAUUACUUUACUUUAUAAACUAUUUCUGAUAUACAUGCCUUGAAUUUUACACAUGACUCAUUUCGUGUAUGUUUUUUAUGUUCAUUAGUACUAUGUUUAGAUUCUGCGGUGAGUUUCAGUAUCUUAUUCUCAUUUAAAUGUAAAAGUUGUAAACACAAAAUGAAAUUUAAUUUUUUAACAUACAAUAGGUCUGUGUAUUUUAUGAGAUGAUCUUAGAUAAUCCUGUUCUAACAGAGGAAAAUGAUCUACUAAACACUCUCAAUACAGCUGACUCAUCAGCUACUUUAGACCCAAGCGUAUAAAAAAGGCAUCUGCCAAAACAUAAGUAGUUUGAGUGAAAUAAAAUACCAACAGCAUUAAUGGAGACAGCAAGCAAAAAUUAAAAUGACCUUCUUAAAGAUCAUGUAUCACAGGCAGUUUCUGCCAAUCUCAUAUUAAUCUUGAGUGCCUAUAUAGUUGUAUUGCAUACGUAUCUUCGAAUGGUAUUUAGUUUUAAUCAAAUUUAUAAAAGAGAGAUACAACUGUGCGAUUAUUUUAGGAAAAACAUGAGAUGCUAGAGGUGGGACAAGUGGAGAGAGUGGGAUGGAACUACAGCACGAGCAAGCAACACAUUGUCACAUUAAUCCCUUCGUGUUUUAUACAUUAUGCAUGUACACGCCGACUGCCAACAAAACACAGACGUAUGACUUAGUUUGACUUACUGUGUUCAGUUCAUGUCCGGCAUAUUUAAGCACUGGCAUCGCACCAUCUAUCAGUUUCAAACUAUCUCCAAAUCCAGCGUUAUAUCCACCGUUUAUAUAACAUCCAUCAAUGAAAUGCUGUGAACAGACACACCUAAACUUCACUAUCGCAAGAGUCACGAGCUGCAAUGCAGCCCACCUUGACACAGCGCAGAUAACCUUGAUGGUAAGCUCAUAGGUUGGAUCAUGUGCAGGCUCUUUCCCCUUCAACUUGAUUUUGGCCAAUAAAAGGAAUAGGAUGUGACGACACAGGGAUCCGGAAUUAGAAAAAACUUUCAUAAUCAAGUUGGAGUGCUGGGGGAGUGUAUCAAGUGCAGAAACACUAUGUCAUACGUCCAACUCGUUUUUUAAUAAGUUGACCAUGUUAAGCAGAAGCCAGCACGUUUAAGAGUGUAAAGAAGUCAGAAUGCAUGACAAAGCAUGAUAGCUCUGCUUUAAUAUACAGUCUACCUUAAGCUUUGUGGUAGGCCUACUAGAAUUAUGUUAUCACGAUAUGGGUACAUAAUAGUUCUUUAUGGCUUGUUUUUCUUAAUUUAUUAAGAAUUAGUAUCUACAAUA